UUUUUUUUUUUAUUUUUUGUUUUUUAUUUUUACUUAUAAAAUGAGUAAUUUCCCUUCGGGCUGGUUUUACAUUCAAUCAAAAUGUUCACAUAAAAUGGUUCUUGAUGUUACAGCAGAUUCACUAAAAGCAGUUGCUAGAAUUAUAGUAUGGCCUAAAAAGACAAAAAAUUGUGAUAAUCAAUUAUGGACGUAUGAUAAUGGAUAUCUGAUCAACAAGAACUCUGGAAUGGUUUUGGAUGUUCAAGGAGGUAUCUUAGAAAGUGAUAAACCUAUCAUUCAAUAUAAGCGUAAAAUGACUGAAGAGGCGGAUAAUCAACGUUGGUUUUAUCGUGAAGAUGGAUUCAUUUAUCCUCAAUCAACACCCAAUCUUGUUCUUGACAUUAGAGGAAAUUGGACAAAGCCUGGAACUGUUGUUUUAUUAUAUGAGCGUAAAUAUGAAGACAAUUUAAAUCAGUUAUGGGAUUUAGUGCCAUGUGAAACUACAGAUGCAGCAUUAGAAACUUCGAUUAUAGACAAUUCUGAUGACGAAGAAGAUGGUUAUGUGUUUAGCUCAGCAAGUUACGCUUUGUAAUAAUAGAAUACAACAUUAAUUUCAAUAAAGACAUAUGUAUUUGUAUCUAUAUGUAUAUGAGUAUAUAUAGAUGUAUAUAUUUA